AUGGAAGAGAAAGCUAUUCUGGACAUUUCAGACUUACGAUGUACCGAAACAGACUCCAGGGACACUGUGCUGGACGGUCUUUUGGGAACAGGGUCUCAUCACUACGGUAUGAUUAAAUUUGAUUGAUUUUAUUGUUUUCGAAUCAUUCAUUUUCUUUUACAGAUUACGGUGACAUGACAACAAGCCCGUCAGAUCGAUGUGACGAAAACGAUCAAUCGUCCGGAUCUUUAAGCACCGACCAAAACUCUAAUAGUAACGUGAAGAGAAAACAACGAAGAUAUAGGUAACACCACUAACACUCAUCUUUACUCAACCAAUAACUAUAUACAUAUAUCUGACCUACAAGUUUAGAAGUAUAAGAAGCUUGUUGUACUAUUUUAGUAUAAAUUUGGAAUUGUGUUUUCAGAACCACAUUCACAAAUUUCCAACUAGAAGAAUUGGAAAACUCAUUUCAAAAAACACACUAUCCCGAUGUUUUCUUUCGUGAAGAAUUGGCCAUGCGAAUUGACUUGACCGAAGCUAGAGUGCAGGUAUUUAUAUAAUUGCAAAGAGUAAAAUAAAACUUAUUUAUGUGUAUAGGUAUUUUAUUUAAAAUAUUUGUUUGUAGGUAUGGUUUCAAAAUCGUAGAGCUAAAUGGCGAAAACAAGAAAAAACUUUGAUUUCACAACAUCAAAACUCAAACGAACAAAUCAUAAAUCCUUGUAUAACAGGUUAGAAAUUAGUAACAAGAAUUUCAAUUUUUUUUUUUUUUUAUUGAAAAACACAUGUUUUUUAACAAUGAUUUUGAACAUACUAUUAUUAAAUUCUGUUAUUAUUUUCAAAAAACUAUAAAAACAUCGAAUUUUUAAAAUGUAGAUUUCAACUUAAUUUUUUUUUAAACUAUUAUUUUAAAAGUUUUAGUGAUUCGAAUACUGUAGGUAUUUUAAUAAAAAAUACAAUUUGUACAGGUCUUUAUUAUUUUUUUAAUUUAAUAUUACGGAAAACUGAAAAACAAGAAAUUUAACCCUCUGAUUACCUCCAUGGUAUAUUACCUCAUUACGUAAGCUUAUAUAAGUUCAUAAAACCAAAAAAAAUUAAAAUAAACCCUAACUAGAUUUGUUAAGCAAAACUUCUGCCGGGUAGAUAACAAGGGAAAAAAAAUGAAGAACCAAAAAUGCAAGACCAAAACUUAGGUGACCUCCUGGGUGGCUAGGUUAGCUUCACGGUUUUAAAUCGAAAAUAAUGCUGUUUUUAUUUUACGAGUUGAAAUCUCAAAGUCUUUUUCAAAAUCAGCGUCGAAAAACACUUCUUUAGAAACUAAUUUAAAAAUGUUUAAAUUCAAUAGGGGCGUGGUAAUAUACACUUCAGCCAAAAUUAAGUACCUAUUAAACAAUUUAAUUAAUUCUAAAAGACAUGAUUAACUAUAAAAUGUCGUGGAGGUACUUAACACACAAAUAAUGUAAUAGGGAAUUAUUGAAACUCAAAUAUUUGCACUUAUUGGUGGUACAUAGAAUUUUAUUACUUAUCAUAAUUCAUAAUCGAUAUUUUACAUGGUCGUGUAUUACAGAUGGACUCUUAAUAAUUAUUUAAUAUUAGUAAAUAUACUAAUUAGAUUCUGACAACCAGGUAGUUGUUAAUUUGACAGUGACUAUAUUUGACCAUAUUAGUUUUCUUUCUUUUUAUUUUACCAUAAUUUGAGUUCUAAACACAAUUUUUAAUUUAUGUUUUACCGAGAAAUAUUUUAUAGUUAAUGUCAAACUCUGGUAUAGUUUAAAUAACCAAGUAUUUAAAAAUUCUUGUAUAUUAAUUAUAUUUUAUUUAUUUUUUCCUCGAAUUUUCCUAACGUAACAAAGGUCUAUUUAAACAUUUAGACCUUAAGGUAUCUUUAAUAUUUUAAGUCAAGCAACAUACCUAUUUUUAUAUAUAAAUAUAUUUAUUUUUUUUUUUCAGAAAAUCCAUUGUUUGGCGAUUCUUCUAAUCUGCUUCCUCAGCCGGACUGGAACAGCUUAUGCUCAUAUAAUUCAUUUCAAUCUACAGCAACAUUUGAUAAAGAUCUACAAGCAAUUGACAUUGACCAUGAUUUGCUUAGAUUUAAAACAAGAGAUAUGCAUGAAAAUGAUAUGCUCAUGUCGCCACCUCUAUAG